CCAGGUGGUUGACUGGAAGAUGACUGUGUCUUUCAUUUCAGAGGAGAAAGUCAUUGGAAAAUGCAGAGUACUUGAGCUGGACUGAGAGCAUGGAGCUGCAGAAAUCUGCAAGCGAAGAGGAGAUCCCCAAGAUUCGCCGCCAGGUACUGGAACUCGAGGCUUCGCUGUCCAACAAGUGACAGCAGCUGGACAUCCUGGCAGCAGACCUUGAGAUGCAGAAAAAGUCCACUGAGGAUUUGACCAUACAGAGUUCAAAGGCUGAGUAUGAAGCCCAGAAAUAUCGUGUUGAACUAGAAGGUGUCAUCAAAAGCAAGGUUUCCAUCGAGCAAGAGUUGAAUCAUGCUCGCCAACUGGUUCAGCAGUCAGAGGCCAAACAGGCCUCCAUGGAAGUGAGCCUCCGCAAUCUUAAAAAGAGCAUAGAGGAGAGCACAUUAGCCCGUAAGAAGCUGGAAGAUCCUUUACGUCGCAAGGACAGUGACGUCCAGGGCCUGGAGGAGCACAGUCGUACGUUAGAGCGAGAACGUAGGGCUAAGGAAGAUGCCGAGGCAGAGCUUCUUAGCCACAUGAGAAUCAUGGAAAUGGAUCUGGCCCACCAAUCAGAAGUCAGGAUGAUGCAAGUUGAAUCAGUGUUGGGUUUCUCCAAAGAUGGUGGACAACUGGCAACUUUUAAAACCAGUUCUUCAAUAAUCCACUCUGAAUCUGAGGCAGAAGUCCUGCAACGCAAAAUGGAGGAACUCAUUAUGGGCAAGAAGCGAGCUGAGACUGAAAUCAUGUCCUUGAGUUGUCUUCCAAACAAUCUGAAGUAGAGCAGAUGACAUUCAAGGUGAAUAAACUUAAUAGAAAUAAUCAGUUAUUGGAAAGUGAUACCCGACAUCUUAAGGUAAGUAUUGAGUCAAUCCAGCAGGACAAAGCACAUGCUGACCAAAAGAUUAAAACCCUGAAAGGUGAGGCAGAGGUUUUAAAGAAGCAACUGCAGAGAGCCAAAGAAGAAAUCAAUCUGAACACAAGAACAGAGAAGGAAGCUGAACUAAAAAUCUAAAACCUUGAACUAGAGCUUCAGAAAAGUUCCUUGCAAAUGACACAGCUUAUCAGGAAAGUAGAAGAACUUAGUAA